UCGCUAGCCGCUCGCCCUGCCUGACUAGUUUGCGGCUGCGAGGGGUAGAGCGUCGCGCUCGUCUUAUAUAACUUUAAAAGUACUCAUGGAUGUAAUGGCGCAAAGGGCGGUCGUUUCGCCGCAACAUUUAUGAUUCGCCGCGGAUUAAACCAGAGAUUAGGAGCCGCUGACAGACCGAGCACUUUGUUUUGGUUUUUUUUUUUUUUUCGCCCCCUUUCCCUUCAUUUUCUUCUUCUUCUCCUUCCGGCGACGUGCAUUAAAAAGUUGACGGAUCCGUGAAAGGGCGCGCGCGCCCACACACACACACAAGGUGGAACUGGCGAGCGUCAACGGCGACGUUGUUGAGCUUUAAGUUAGGAAUAUCGCGGAGAAUGUUUUCCUGCGAGAAGGAGGGAGGCACCGCAACGAAUUCAUCUAUUUCACCGCACAACAGCGCCGGGGCGAGAAGAAGUGGAGCUCCUUCACAAGCCUGAUUCAGUGGAUAUUGAUUUAACCACAUACAUAUAGAUUUUUGUUGCUUUUUUUUUUUUUCACCCCCAGCUCAACUGCCUGGACUCACAAGCGAUGACCUAACCGGUGGAGUUUAUGUUUUUCUCUCAGCAGAAUGAAGAAAUGGAUCAGGGUGGACCAAAGCACAACGGUAAUCGAAACAGCAACCUGACAUUUGGGGAGUUAGCACCUGAAUUAGGCAGAGAUACUUCUGCUUUACGGCAUCAGUCUACAAUGCAUCUGCCCGGUCCUGGGAAUCUGACCCAGAGUACGCUGGCCCCAAAUGGACGGGGCGGAACCAAAGACCAGAGGAGCUUUGGAGGCAUCUUUGAGUCUUCUCAACUUCAUGUCCCAUGCGAUGGGACCGAUAAAGAGGGUAAAAUGAACAGAAUGCAGAAACAAGAACAGGAUAUAUUCAACAUUGGAGACAAUUUGUCGUUGCUGAACCAGAAUAUUUCUGAUCUCAACCAGUCGUCCAUGUCUAUCAUCACCACCUCAGAAAACUCUGUGCUGGGUAACCUCCCUCUGCCAGACCUUUUCCCACAGCAAAUCAAGCAGGAAGUGGUCUUUUCCAUGGAUAAGGACUUAGGAAAUUACAGUGGACAAACAGGUGCUGGUCCUAGCAAUUUGGAUGGCAACAGCAGUCAGCUAAUUGAUGAUGCAGAAAUUUGGCAAGAUCUUGACCUUUCAAGUUCGCUGCCAGAAAUCAGUGUUUUUGAGUUGGAUUCAGAGGUGGCACAUUUGGAUAACAUCCUGCAAGAAAGCAGCCUUGGUGGCGCUUCCAUCAGCGGCUUGCCGAAGGACACAAAACCCCUCAUGGGUAAUGGAGAGAACUGCACCAGUAUGAAUGGCAUGGAGCAGCAGCAUCCGAUGCACCAGCAGCAGCCUCUCCAACACCUGGCUCAGCACCAGCAACAUGCGCAUCAGCCCCAACAGCCUCCAUCCAUGCUUGCUGGUGUUGUCAUCAAAGAAGAGAAGGACCCCGAUUUCAUCCAUAUGAGUACUCCUGGUGUGGUCAAGCUGGAGAGGCAGGACAGUUCUGGUUACUGCCAGUCGCAGUGUCUCCAGGGAGGCAUGGGUUCUCUCCAUGGAGGAGGGGUUGGCCCCAUGCCAUCUCCCAUGGGUGUUGGUGCUGGACCUGCAUACAACUUCGGAGCCAGUCAACCAUCCACAGUGAACCUGCCAGACCAGAAGCCUUUUGCUGCGUUCUCGAGCCUACCUGGGGUUGGGGAGAGCUGGAUAGGGGGGAAAAGAUACGGAGAGUCCUCCGGGAUACAGAGCAGCAGCGAUGGCCUCCAGUCUGCAGCGGCUUUGGCAAAUUUUCCCAUCGGCUUUUCCAGCUCGUCAACCAGGACAGGAGAGCCCAGCAGCACUGUGGUGUCAAGCCAGUCCAAACCCAGUGGGCAGAGCCAUAAGGUCUGUUUGGUGUGCUCGGACGAGGCCUCGGGAUGCCACUAUGGUGUGGUAACCUGCGGCAGUUGCAAGGUGUUCUUCAAGAGGGCCGUCGAAGGAUGGAGAGCACGACAAAACACAGAUGGUCAGCACAAUUACCUGUGUGCAGGGAGAAACGACUGCAUCAUUGAUAAGAUCCGCAGGAAGAACUGUCCGGCGUGCCGCUUCAGGAAAUGUCUUCAAGCCGGAAUGAAUUUGGAAGCGAGGAAAAACAAGAAGCUAAUCAAGAUGAAAGUUCAGCGGCCCCCAGGCCCAUCAGAGCCCGUUAACAACUUGCCCAUUCCAAUCAUACCGAAGAGCAUGCCCCAACUGGUGCCCACCAUGCUGUCUGUUCUGAAGGCCAUCGAACCAGAGAUCAUCUACUCGGGCUACGACAGCACGCUGCCAGACACCUCGUCACGCCUCAUGACCACGCUCAACAGGCUGGGGGGACAGCAGGUCAUCUCUGCCGUCAAGUGGGCCAAGUCACUGCCAGGCUUCCGUAGCCUCCACCUUGAUGACCAGAUGACAUUGCUGCAGUGCUCCUGGCUGUUCCUCAUGUCCUUCAGUCUUGGCUGGAGGUCGUACGAGCAGUGCAACGGCAGGAUGCUCUGCUUUGCCCCAGACCUCGUCAUAAACAAAGAGCGCAUGAAUCUGCCUCUCAUGGAUGACCAGUGCAAGCAGAUGCUGAAGAUCUGCAACGAGUUCGUCCGACUGCAGGUCUCCUAUGACGAGUACCUGUGCAUGAAGGUGCUCCUGCUGCUCAGCACAGUACCAAAAGAGGGCCUGAAGAGCCAGGCGAUUUUUGACGAGAUCAGGAUGACGUACAUCAAGGAGCUGGGAAAAGCCAUCGUGAAGAGAGAGGAGAACACGAGUCAGAACUGGCAGCGUUUCUACCAGCUAACUAAGCUACUGGACUCCAUGCAGGAGAUGGUUGAGGGUCUCCUGCAGAUCUGCUUUCACACCUUUGUGAAUAAAACCCUGAGUGUGGAAUUCCCAGAGAUGCUGGCGGAGAUCAUCACCAACCAGAUACCAAAAUUCAAAGAUGGGAGCGUCAAACCUCUGCUGUUUCAUCAGAAAUGACUGCCUUAAACUGUGAAUCGAUGCCUUAAAUCCAACCCUAUACCUGUUCCUGUACAGAGCCCCCUCAAACACUUCCUUAUUCUGCCAACCCUCAUCACUUUGGUCUGGUUUCUUGUUUUUCGGGUUGGUUUGUCCCCCCUCUUCCCUCCAGCAAUGGACCAUUCAACCUAAUCUCCAAGCAAAGCACUGCUGGCCUCAAACCUCCUUUUUUCAGUUGGUUGUGGUCAAUCCAACCUCUGACCUGUAGUCUGCUGUCUUGGUUAACCGAGAAGAAUUUGGUCUCUGAAUGUAAGAUGGAAAAUCAGUUUUUGUCACUCCCUCAACCACGGCCCUGACUUUAGACAUAUUUAAAGAUUCUGAAGAUGUCCUUUUUGCCUGCAGAGUUCCAUAGCUGUUUUCAUGCAUACAACCGUUUCCCCACGCAACGCGGCUCCCACACUUCACAACUCGUGGGGAUCAUCAGCCCAAGCCUUAGUGUUCAUCCGCUCACCUGCAACGCUUCACCGCACAGCAAAUGUAAAGACUGUCCGCCGUCCUGGGUUUUCCCCAGAACGCUGUUGGUGAUGAAGAGGAGGAGGAAACACAAAAAGGAGUUCUUCCUCUGGACUCGAGGACAGAAAGGAUGUAAAUCUGAUUCAUUUACUCGUCCAACAGAAAGGAGGAACGUUGUUCAUGUGUGAUGCAUACGCAGAAGUCCCGCUCUCAUCAAACACACGCACAUUUGUUCAGCCACAUGUUUACACAGGAUGUAUUUGAGGGAAAACUAGUGCCUUUUAGUUUUUACGCUCUUCAUAGCCAUCCUCGUCUAACUCUUAUUUCUGCAUUCAAAUCCAUAGAUGACAUCUUUCUAGAGAUUUGGUCUGUUUGUCAUUUUUCCACUAGUACUGGGUUUUCAAACGGAGUUUUUACUGGUUUUAACGUGGUGUGUUCUAACUCGGCUCUCUGGUCGUGGAACAAAGUCACCCUGUGGUAUUUCAAUUGGAACAGUUUUAAUUUGGUACAAAUAGUUCAAAUAGCAACUGAUGUUAGAAGUCUGAUUCGAUUGAUAAACACGUCUUGCACACGCUGCCACCAGCAUUGUCUUAGACAUUAAAAAAUUAAAAACAUACUUAAACCUAAUGUUUUGGGACAGUUGGCGUAAAAGUGAGUAUAUCUUUUAAAGUGUAGUUCUGUGGAAUAGGUUGAAGUAGAUAAUAUCUUACCUGUCUUAAAUAGCUCCUCGAGUUUGGAGAAACCAGUUUAAUUCUUACCCGAUGAGCUAAUGGCUAGUCAGAGUGAGACCAAACUGAAGUGCUGCCAUCUAAAAAUAAAAACUUUGAAAUCGUAGCGGUUCAUGCAAACGGUGUUUUAAAAACCUUUGCAUCAUUGUUCAUUUUACUUAAGGAAUUUUUAGUCAUUUUUAGAGCCCGACCGAUAUGGACAUUUUGGCUAUCGCCAAUACUGUUGUUGGGAAGGCUAAUGCCGAUAACCGAUGUAAUGGCAGAAAAAAAUUGAGGGGUGAAAAUUAGAAGUGUU